CAUUUUUCCUCAUCCCCCGUUUUCGCGGCUGAUACCCGGUUCCCAUUCUGCACACCUGUUCUUCAUUGCCAUCACUCGCCGUCGCGCGUUUGCCUUUCGCCCACGGUCUUCAGAUCUUUUGGCAUUCAUCGGUCGAUUUUCAUGUUUGCUUAAAUUCAGUCAACGUGUUGCAGCCACGAGCCUUCGCCAGGUCUCCCAGGCCGUUCUCUUUUCAAGAGUCCCUCAUCCGCUCCCCAGCUCCCCUGCCCCCUAUGGCCGACGGCGAGAAAAAGGCCCGCUUGUCGGGUGAACAACCCAGACUGGCAGAGCCAGCGACGAUACUUCCUACCGUCAACCCAGCUGCCGAGAAAUCUGCACCUCCUCCGCCGGCUCUCCAUCCUGCAGUCUACGUUGUGACCUGGAUUGGGUUCAGUGGUGGUGUGAUUCUCUUUAACAAAUGGUUACUGGACACCUUGGGAUUCAAAUUCCCCAUCUCUUUGACAGCAUGGCACAUGAUAUUUGCGACCCUCAUGACUCAGCUCCUGGCACGAACCACCACCCUUCUCGAUGGACGCAAGACGGUCAAAAUGACUGGUCGAGUCUACCUACGAGCCAUUCUUCCCAUUGGUUUUUUCUUCAGCUUAAGUUUGAUCUGCGGGAAUAAAGCAUAUCUGUAUCUCAGUGUUGCCUUUAUCCAGAUGUUGAAGGCGUGUAUGCCCGUUGCGGUCCUCCUAGCCACCUGGAUUAUGCGUGUCGAUACUCCAAGUCUAAAGACUCUGGGCAAUGUUUCGUUCAUUGUGAUCGGAGUUGUCAUCGCAUCAUACGGCGAGAUCGAGUUCAACUUGACCGGCUUCAUCUACCAGGCAGGGGGUAUCACUUUUGAGGCCACACGGUUGGUGUUGGUCCAACGCCUGCUCAGUUCGGCUGAGUACAAGAUGGAUCCCUUGGUGUCUCUUUACUAUUUUGCACCUGUCUGCGCCCUCAUGAACGGAGUGACCGCACUGUUCUUGGAAAUACCCCAGAUGAGCAUGAACAACAUCUAUGAUGUUGGUAUCUUCAUGCUUAUCGCUAACGCCAUGGUCGCAUUUCUGCUCAAUGUCUCGGUCGUGUUCCUGAUCGGAAAGACCUCGUCCCUAGUCCUCACCCUUUGCGGUAUCCUCAAGGACAUCCUUCUGGUUGCCUGUUCCAUGAUGAUCUGGGGCACCCCAGUCACCAAGACUCAAUUCUUCGGCUACGGCAUUGCCCUUGGGGGCCUCUUGUACUACAGACUCGGAGCAGAGCAGAUCAAGGGUCACAUCAGCCAAAUGGGUCGAUCAUGGUCCGAAUUCGGUGUGCAGCGACCUGCGAUGCGAAAGGCUCUUGUGUUUGGGCUCGUUUUGAUCACAUUGUUUCUUUUGCUGGGUGGACUGGCUCCCACAUAUGCUCCAUCGCAGACCAAAAACCUGAAAGACAUGCUGAGCACGGGGCUUGGGACCUAAGUCGAAUCAAGAGAAUGUGCACCGGAUGAGAGGGUGACGUUUUGUUGAACUAAUUUGUGAAGGGCUGAUUACUUAAUGGAGCAUACGACAAUAGACACGACGCGGCAUCUUUGAGUUUCCAGUCGAGCUCAUCAACAUGCACCAACAUGCCACGACUUGUACAGUACGAGAUGCUGGGAACAUUUGGCGUCUGGAAGGGCCAGAAUAGAUGGAAAAAGGGUUGCUCGCGUUGAUUUUGCAGAAGUGUGACGGCAUGUAGUGUACAUCACAGCACCAUGACAGCAUGCUAUCGCAGUUUAGAGUACAGACAUGGCAUUUGCUUACUAUUAGCUACCUAAUGACUGGGCGAGAAAGAAAUCAUUGAACAAA